AUGGCGUUCUCACAUACCUCGCUUUUCGAUUCACCAGCCAGGCGCACCAUCCCAUGGUCGAUCAACCACCGCAAGAAGCAUCAGCUCAAUGAUCCCUUCAUCGAUCGUCUCGACAUAACAGACUUUCUUGGCGACCAAGAUGCCUCAGGCCGUAUCCUCGGCCACACCGGAUGCGUCAAUGCUCUCAGCUGGUCUCCUUCCGGCCAGCUCCUUGCAAGUGGAAGCGAUGACCGCGACGUCUGCCUGUGGAAGAUCGGUUCCGACCAUGUCUAUCCCUCGAUAGAUCCUCGCAUCUUGGCCCGCAACAAGAUGGCUUUGGCGCGCCACAGUGAUCCACAGCAAGACCUUGACCCUGAAGCAUUCCCAUCGGUCGUUCACGACGAUCAUGGUCAGCGCAACAGCAGCAGCAGCAGCAGUCACAGCAUGCCUGACACCAGUGCCGAUACUGAUGCUGGCGGCAUUGCCCAAGUGUGGCCAGAGCGUAGCUAUCCUGACAUGGGUCUUGGUAUGCUAGGCAAGAUCCAAACGGGUCAUCGAGCCAACAUCUUUUCCGUGAAAUGGGCCCCCAACGCCUCUGAGCGUCGCCUGUUCACCUGUGCAGGCGACUCACAUGUCCGCGUGUUUGACAUCAAUUACAUGUCAACAACAAGCGAUCAAGCGUCAGGGGGAGCAGAAGCCAGCAUCGUCCGUACAUCUCCCGGCCGCGAAUACAGCGUCUGGAACGAAGACAGUGGCGCAUGUAUCCGUGUCUUCCGCUGCCAUCGCGGCAGGGCAAAGCGCAUCUCGACCGAAGUUUCUCCCGACGUCUUUCUCACCUGCGGGGAAGAUGGUGAUGUGCGUCAAAUGGAUUUGCGCGUUCCGCACACUUGUCGUAGUCCAACAGGCGGAUCCUGCCCGCCGCCGCUCGCCCACUACCCUUGGGUGCUCUACUCGCUCUCCCUGAGCAAGCUCGAACCGUGGCUAUUUGCCGUUGCCGGAGAUUCCUCGCUGGCUUAUCUACAUGAUCGAAGAAUGAUUCCAAGGCUCAUCAAACGAGACUGGGGCAUGUCGUUCAGCAACGAAGAGCAGCAAGAUGCUCUCACAAUGUGCGUUCGCGCUUUUGGCAUCCCACGAGGCGGCUUCUCCGCGCCUUUGGUACAGAGCGAUGGUCGGACCGCUUUGGUGGAUGUCGCGCCUCGACCGGCCAAUCGUCACUUCUUCAACGGCAACUGCAACAGCAUCACGGCCUGCAAGCUCAGCGAGUACAACGGCAGAGACCUGCUCGUAUCGUACUCUUCCGGCCACAUUCACCGCUUCGACAUCUACGAUGAACCUGGAAUUGUUCACGCUAAUCUGGAUAAAGCCCGGAACUGUCCGGACUCUCCAGAGGAAGCCUCGACAGUUGAAUCAGAGGAUGAAGAGCCUAGGACCGACGUGGACCAGGUUUGGGAUAAGCGAAGCAACACUGCAGAGCAAAGCACACAUGGUCCCAACUUGUUUAGUCAAGGUGAAACGACGGAGGCUGGUCACGUCGAUAUCGAGGCCGAGAAGAGCGACGAUGACGAGGAGUACGACGUCGAAUCCGAAGACCCAGACAUGGAGCAAGACGAGUACGGUGACGGAGACUUCUCCGACGAAGACUUGGUGCAUCUCCUGGAAGAAGAUGAACAAGAGCAGAUGAACUUGGACUUGGGCGCGAGCCGUGACGUACCGAUCGUCUAUCCACGCACCGCAUACAGGGGCCAUCGCAACGCAGAGACAGUCAAAGAUGUCGCAUUCGCUGGCGGUGCGGACAACUACGUCGUCUCGGGAUCCGACGACGGCAACUGGUUCAUGUGGGACAAGCUGACCUCGGAGAUCAAAGGCAUCUGGCACGCAGACACGAGUGUGGUCAACGUCAUGGCUAUGCACCCGGAGCUGCCCGUCUUUGCCAUUUCGGGCAUCGACGAGAGCAUCAAGAUCUUUGCACCCAUUUCUCACACUCCCUGCCCGCCACUGCCGUCGCCUGCAGAGGCACCGACUGAUAUAACCGAUACAGGAACAAGCAGAAAGAGAGCCCGGACAAACAUAGUCGCAUCUACUCGGGCUCACAGGAUCGCAGACCGUCUCAUGGACAAGGACGACAUCUGUCGAAUGAGCGAAGGGGUUGUCGCCAGAAACCGCCCCAUACAGCUGAUCAGCCGCUUCUGGCGGCCUCGCGCGCAUUCCAGUCUUGGCUCGGACGACGACGACGAAGGGCGUCUCAUCGAGGGCGAUUGCAUUGUCAUGUAA